AUGGAGUUUGGAUACCACAUGAGGAAAGGCAGCAGGAUCGUGAGACCCACCAAGAUGCUCCAGGUGACCUUUGCCAUUGGGUUGUGCCGUCCCACCGGGGAGGAGUUACCGGUGGAAGCAGUAAAAAAGGGGAAGCCGAGAAGCAGAGCUCUUAUUGUAAAGCGAGUGCUGACACGGAGCAAUUCUGGGGACCCGGCAGCUCUCCUUGAACGUUUGUGUCAUCACAAGGAAGAUCUGGGCUUCUCCUCCAAGACCCAGGAUCCUGCUCCCAGGUUCCCAGAAGAAGCCUACUGGGAUGAUGGCAGCAAAGAAUUGCCGGGGCUGGACCGGCGCUGCGCCCAGCGCUCCUGCCGCCGCCUGGAUUUCCUUCCUCUGAAAUGCGACGCCUGUGAAGAAAUCUUCUGCAAGGACCACAUCCGUUACGGUGACCACGCGUGUGGCUCUGCCUACAAGAAGAACGUGCAGGUGCCGGUGUGUCCGCUCUGUAACACACCCAUCCCGGUGCAGAGGGGGGAGAUCCCCGACGUGGUGGUGGGAGCCCACAUGGAUAAGGACUGCAGCUACAACCCUGCGCAGCAAAAGCAGAGGAUCUUCACAAACAAGUGCUUGAAGCCAGGCUGCAAAAGGAAAGAGAUGAUGAAGGUGGUUUGUGACCAGUGUGGUGGCAACUUCUGCAUAAAACACCGGCACCCUCUGGAUCACGGCUGCAGGGGGAGCGGCCGUCCCGUCUCCAAGGCAGGGUACGCCGCUCUGAUGAGAGCCUCUGAGGGAGCCAUUGGGGUGCCAUCUAACGGGAGCCUUCAGCACAACAGAUGCAGAUAGUAGAGGCUCUUCACAGCUGGAUCAGAUCAGAUCUCUCUCUACUUCAAAGCUAAUCUUGUCUGUAGGUCUUCAAAAUUUUCUAACUUAUUUCUAACUUAUUUUUGUAUCAUAACGUUUUAUGCAUUCAAUAAACUCUGACCCUUUCCGAG